AUGAAAACUUAUGGCAUUGUUCUCAUAACUUGUGGGUCUGUGAUAGCGGGUAUAAUGAUUUUACGGUGUGUUUGUAAGUUUGGAGGUCGUAAAAUAAUGAAAACAGUGACAUAUAUACCCAAUGCCGCUUCACAGAGGAACCCUGAUCUUGAACGUGGCCAACCUAAUAAGAACAACGGUGGCAUCACUAUUCUUGCUGGAGCAGCUGCUGGUUUAGCUACUGCUGCUGUUGUUACCAAUUUAGGCAAUGAUGAUACCGGUGGUGGAGGCGGUUGUGGUGGUGGUGAAGGAGGUGAUUCUGGUGGCGGUUGUGGCGGUGGUGGAUGUGGAGGUGGAGGUUGUGGUGGUGGCUGUGGAGGUUGA